AUGUCGUAUGCCGGAAUGAUGAACCACCACAAGAUCAAAAUGAACAGGAAACAUGAUAUUUACCCAUCACCGCUGCUUUUCAUUCUGUGCUUUAUAGUUCCAAUAACCAAGACGUGUGAAGAUUUGACCUGCUACGUGGAUUACAUACAUUCUUUAUCCUGCACAGUUGUCAACAACGAGGGAGACAAGCCAGGUAUUUCCUACCACCUUAGUGCCACAUGGACCACUGAAGAUGAAGAGCAGGGCUCCUGCCAGCUGGUGCAAUCAUCCAACAAACAUCAGCACAUCUGUAUUCUGGACAUGGAUCUCUUGGGAGCAGAUGACACCUACUGUAUUUCCAUAAGUAAAACCAUCAAUGGUGAGAAUAUCACGACUAAGUGUGGACCGUAUCGCUUCAGUGGUACAUUUCGACCGACUGCCCCCUUCAACCUUAGUGUAUCUGUUUCUGAGAAAACCUAUAAUUUUUCCUGGAGAACAGAGUAUGAGGGUGUUGAGCACAUGUUCCAGCAUGGCGAGAUUGGAUAUGAACUGAGCUUUAAAAAGGAUGGCGAUGCCUGGGCGAACCACAGAUCCAUCAAUAUUAUAGAGGACGAAAAAAGUGUCUCCCUUCUAAAGAUACAGUUUCAAGAAAAUGAAGACUAUGUUGCCCGUGUCCGAGCCAAGCCACGGAAUACUUCUGUGUAUAAAGGUUCAUGGAGUGACUGGGGUCCUUCGGUCACAUGGAGGACUGAAGUAGAUGAGUAUAACAGAGGUGUUUGGGGUUCCUUACAUUGGAUGAUUCUUCUAUGUUUAGGAAUUUUCAUUGCCAUCCUAUUGCUAUUCCCAUGUAUUCCUUUGAAACUGCGAACAAGGAUUUUUAAGAAUAUGUGUGGGUUCGUGCCUAACCCUGCACAUUUUUUCAAGCCUCUGUACGUGGGGCACAGCGGUGAUUUUAAGAGCUGGCUGGGAACUUCUUAUUACGCAACGGUAUUACAUUUUGACUGCGUCGCGGUUCCUCCAGAAAUCCUAGAAAUUUGCAGUCAGAAUCUAUGCCAGCGUGGAUCAAAACCAGGUUUAUACGACACGGAAAAUCAUGAGAAAUUAUUACCUAAGACAUGCUGUAACAUUCACAUCCAUGACUGCAGAAAAAGUAGAGGUUCGGCAAGUAUGAGGAGCGCACACAAUGAACGAGUAUCUAUUGAUACCGUGACGGUGAUCGAUGAUGGAACUCCAUGUUGUCCUCAGUGCAUUUCCGAUAAUGGUCCAUGCGUUAACGCCAAUAUGGACAAUGAAGAGAUUAAUAGUGAUGAUGGUUAUCCUCCAGUCACUCUUGAUAGUGGCAGCUGUGAUAUAUUGGAUGACGUACAGAGUAAGAAAUCCCACUCAAAUGUAAAACCUUCAAAGGAACUUGAACUUGAUCUUCAGGAAAAUCUAAGGCAGCCCAAUGUUAAUUUUCUUGACUUGAUAGCGAUACCGCCCGAAGAAUGGCAACUUCAAGAUUCACUUUCCCAAGAUGACGAGAAUGUGUUUUAUAAUGACGAACCUUUUGAUCCGUUUUCUCCUGGCUCGGGAAACAGCGAGGAUUUUGGUUACCCAAGAAUGUGUCUUGAUUUGGAUACCAUAGACAGUGGCUUUGUAGAUUCCGACUGUGGGAGUCCUGUGGAGAGUGAAUUUGGAAACAGGGACAUCUCCAUAAAGAGUCCAAGUUCACAAUUUCACAGUGGACAAGAAGAAUGCAAAAGGAACUACGUCAAACAGUGGGUGCCUUCCAACACAACCACUGCUGGUGGCUCCAACAACCAUUGAAGUUUUUAUUCAGUUGACAUAAAAACGUCCAUUAACAAGGGUUUAUGUGUAGGUGAUUAGUUCAGCUGUACUGAGGUCACUCAAAAGCUGUGUGUGUCUGUAAAAUCACUGUAAAGUCGUGCAGACAGAAAUAAUAUCAUCGGCACUCCUGUUUUAUUACAAUACUUCUUUAAAAAGUAUCAUUGCCUCUAGUGUGGAUUCUAAGACGAUUAAAUCAUGAAGUGUCACCUCUUGGUGAAAUAAAUUGCAAAGAUGAAUAACGAAAUAAAAAAUGACAUUAUGCCUUUAAAAUCAACAAUUAUUUACAAAGUAAAAAGUCUACA